GCCGGUGCUUCUCACUGCUGCCUCGCGGCUCUUCGGCUCCUCAGCUCUUCCCUUCCCUGCUCAGUGGCCCCUAGUCGGCUCUCCAGCCGAGCCCCGUCGGCGCUGCAAAGCACUCCCCCCACCCUUUAACCGUUGGUAAGGCCGGCUCGGGCCCCGACGCCGCGUCGCCUCCCGCCUAGCGCGACUAUCGGGACUCCCCGACUCAGUGCUGUCUUCUUUCCCAGGGCUGGUUGUGAGGGGGCCGCCGGAGCGCAGACUCGCCCCGCGCCGGAGCGAUCCGGCCUGGCCGGAGAGCGGCAUCUUGUAGACUAUCUUCCUGCCGAGGUCCGUCUCGGAGACCGUUAGCCCACCGUUCGGCCCAUUGGCCCGCUUCUUCCUGAUGCAGACUGCCGUCCACUAGAGGCUGGACCGGACCCCCGAGGUGAUUCAUGGCAGGGGACGUGGAAGGUUUCUGUUCCUCCAUCCAUGACUCCAGUGUCUCUGCUGGGUUCAGAGCACUGUAUGAGGAGGGCCUGCUUCUUGAUGUUACUCUGGUUAUUGAAGAUCACCAGUUCCAGGCCCAUAAAGCACUCCUUGCCACCCAGAGUGAUUACUUCAGAAUUAUGUUUACUGCAGACAUGAGGGAACGAGAUCAGGACAAAAUUCAUUUGAAAGGUCUAACAGCUACUGGUUUCAGCCAUGUCCUUCAAUUUAUGUACUAUGGGACUAUAGAACUCAGUAUGAAUACUGUUCAUGAGAUUCUUCAGGCCGCUAUGUAUGUCCAACUUAUAGAAGUGGUGAAGUUCUGUUGCUCUUUCCUAUUAGCAAAAAUCUGCCUGGAAAACUGUGCAGAAAUAAUGAGGCUCUUAGAUGAUUUUGGUGUAAACAUAGAGGGAGUCAGGGAGAAGCUGGAUACUUUUCUUCUGGACAACUUUGUACCACUCAUGUCCAGGCCUGACUUCUUGUCCUAUUUGAGCUUUGAAAAGCUCAUGUCUUAUUUGGAUAAUGAUCAUCUGAGCAGGUUUCCUGAGAUCGAGCUGUAUGAAGCUGUGCAGUCUUGGCUGCGGCAUGAUAGAAGGCGCUGGAGACAUACUGAUACCAUCAUUCAGAACAUCAGAUUUUGUUUGAUGACCCCAUCCAGUGUUUUUGAGAAGGUUAAAACAUCAGAAUUUUAUCGAUACUCCCGACAGCUGCGCUACGAAGUUGACCAGGCACUGAAUUACUUUCAGAACAUUCACCAGCAGCCCCUAUUGGACAUAAAAUCAAGCCGCAUUCGUUCUGCCAAACCUCAAACUACAGUAUUCCGGGGCAUGAUUGGACAUAGCAUGGUAAACAGUAAGAUAUUGCUACUGAAGAAGCCACGAGUCUGGUGGGAGCUGGAGGGCCCACAAGUACCUCUACGGCCAGACUGUCUCGCCAUCGUCAAUAACUUUGUGUUCCUGUUAGGUGGGGAAGAACUGGGCCCUGAUGGUGAAUUCCAUGCUUCUUCCAAAGUGUUCAGGUAUGACCCAAGACAAAACUCUUGGCUGCGGAUGGCAGAUAUGUCUGUACCACGUUCAGAAUUUGCAGUUGGUGUUAUUGGGAAGUUCAUUUAUGCUGUAGCUGGCCGAACCAGAGAUGAGACUUUCUAUUCAACUGAGAGAUAUGACAUUACCAAUGAUAAGUGGGAAUUUGUGGAUCCCUAUCCAGUUAACAAAUACGGACAUGAGGGGACUGUGCUAAACAACAAGUUAUUUAUCACUGGCGGAAUCACCUCAUCUUCAACUUCUAAACAAGUAUGUGUGUUUGACCCCAGCAAAGAAGGAACCAUAGAACAGCGAACCAGGAGAACUCAAGUAGUUACCAAUUGCUGGGAGAACAAGAGCAAGAUGAAUUACGCCAGAUGCUUUCACAAGAUGAUUUCUUACAAUGGCAAGCUUUAUGUCUUCGGUGGCGUCUGUGUGAUCUUGAGGGCCUCUUUUGAAUCUCAGGGCUGCCCAUCCACAGAAGUAUACAACCCAGAGACUGAUCAGUGGACCAUCUUGGCAUCCAUGCCAAUUGGUAGAAGUGGCCAUGGCGUGACUGUGCUAGAUAAACAAAUAAUGGUUCUUGGAGGCCUUUGCUAUAACGGUCAUUACAGCGAUUCCAUUCUUACUUUUGAUCCGGAUGAAAACAAGUGGAAGGAAGAUGAGUACCCUAGGAUGCCCUGCAAGCUAGACGGUUUACAAGUGUGCAACCUACAUUUCCCGGACUAUGUACUGGAUGAGGUCAGGCGUUGCAACUAAUGAUGUCCAUCUCCCUAGAAGCAAAAGUCAAACGAAGCAUUUGUUUGUGAUACAGUAGUUACUUAAAAACGUAUAAAGAAAAAAAAAAAAACACCUCACCAGUUUUACUAUUAAAGCCAUUGGUCUAAUGUAAGAAGUUUUCAUUCUGUGCUAGCAUAUUUUUUUUUUAAGUUUUCAGUGGCCUCAGACUCAUGCAAUAAGUUAAUUCUAAGCGCUAGCUCUUGAAACUACUUCCAGAAGCAGUUUAAUAGAAUGCUCCACUUAUCUAGGAAGUUGAUUUUCUGCUUUAAACAUUUUUUUCAUAUGUUAGUGUAGGAAUCUUCUAAGAGAAGACCCAAUAAGUGUACUGGAUGUGAUUUCAGUCCCUAUCUGAAACCUUUUUGGACAGUACUUUCAGUGUAUUUCAGUCUGUUACAUGUUUUGGUUUUAUUAUUUAAAAGUUUAAAACUCUUGACUUUUUUGCAUGGCUUUUUGCUGAAAAUGCAAAAAUAUAAAUUUUCUACAAAAUGACCUUUUAUAUUCAGAACACUAUUUCUAAGCUGCCUUCUCUUACCUGCAUUGUGUUAGUGAAAGCGUAUCCAUACUCGCAUCCAUCCUAUAAGUAUAUAAGGUGUGGUUAGGAUUCUAUAUUUUUAAGCUUGUGUACUUGCACUCCGUUUGCCAUUCUUGUCGAAUUUUUGUAUGUCAUGUCUUUUCAUGUAUUAACGUUUUGUAGAAAGGUAAAUUAACUGGAGUCCUCAUUUGGUAUCAAAGUAGCCUGUCUUCAAGUCCAUAUUGAUUCAGUAAUAUUUGGACUCCUUAUAUUCCUGAAAUGUAUUGAUUUACAAAAACUAACAUUUUAUUUUCUAAAGUUAAAUGUUAAUGUUCUUUGUGGAUGUAUGUCUUUUCUUUCUGAAAAUGUUUUCUCUUUGCAGUCUGUUUAUUGUUGCCCUGUUUUAGUGAGAAAUGGCGUGGUUUAUGACAAGCUCUGACCCUGCAGCGUGCAAGCACUUUUAAAGAGAAGUAGGUAAUACCACACUCCUAAAUAAAGGCCCCUUAAAAGUAAGUGCAACUCCCAUUUUUUUUUCUUUUACGUCCAGUCAGGCUGCUGCAUUUGUUAUUGAAUGGAAGGUGGCAACUCUCAGAAAGUUUGAGCUCAGUUUUGACUUAGAGGUAAGAACCUUAAUUACAAUGUUAAUGAUUAUAUCUACUUGUUUAUUUUGUACAAAGUAGUGGCACUAGGGAUGUCAGCUCUCAGCUUUCGUUUAAUUUUCUGGAAGCUACUGACAUGAAGGUCGAUAGUAAUCACAAAGUUCCUGAUGAAUCAACAUAGCUGUUGAAAAGCAUUUAUAAAUGUUUUAGGAUUAGCUGCACCUUUCAACUCUUUAAAUGCAAAAGAAGAAGUGUAGUUGACAAAAUUAAGCAAGAAUGACUUGGGAGUGGAUGAUUUACAUUGAUUCCACUUUCUCAUGAGAGGUCUUUCUCUGAUACAGACUAGAUCUACCCUGGCAAAUUUUGCCAGAUCUUAGAAUUUUGGUGCAAUAUUGCAAUGCCUUCUAUAUGGCUGCUGUUGUAUAAAUGUUGUACUUUUACUUUUUUUUUCUGCUGCCACCACUGAACAUAAAAUGGAAGCGUGAAGUUGUGGAAAUGUGAAGAUUUUGUCAGUUCAGUUAGACAUAGUAGGACACAAAACCUGAUUUCAAAUCUCCAAAACUGAGGCAUUUAAGUGUAAGAAACAGCCAGGUUACAGAAGUAACUUUUUUGGGUCUAGAAUCCAAGAGCCCAAGUUGCUAUUAUACAGUUGGCAUUGGUUUCAGGAAUUAAGUUAAUAUUAGUGGGGCCUACAUUUUUCAUUUAGCGAUCUUUCAUUCACUUAAAAUUUAUAAAAAUGGAUCAAUAUCUUGUCUUUUUUAUGUUUUCAAAAUAAUAAUCUUUUGAACAGAGAAUUAAAGUUAGCCACGUAAUUCUUUUCAAAUAUAUCAGUUCACUUAGGAUCUUGUAUGUGUGCUCUAUUGUUUUAAAGAAAAUAAUGUCUUCAUUAUUUUCCUUGUUGAUGUCUUUUGUGGGAAAAGUCCAGGAAAGAGCUAUCAGCCACAGUUACUGCAUCAAAGGCUUUACACUCCAGUCGUGGUUCUCUUUAAUUGCUUAGACAUAAAAAUCUAGCCCUAGUUAGGGUAACAUCUGAGCAAAUAAUUGGAUGUUCUUGGUCUCUUGGUCUUCCAUUUUAAAGAUACAAGGCCAAGGUCAGAGUUCAUGUUUCAUAAAAUUCAUGGAAUAUUAACUUGAACUAACUAGGUUCAGCUUCACGUAAGUCAUGUCUGACCUGAUGUUAGCUGUAAUUACUUUUGAGCUUUAAGAAUAGUUGCUGUUUGCUUUGGUUCUGAAUGUAUGAAAAAAACUCUUCGGUUUAUGUGUAGUCAUAAUUUAGUUUAUAAAUCCAUGAUUAACUUACAUUCCCUUUUAAAAGUAUAGUUUUAAUUGCUUCAAGAGAUUUAUUUUUGUUAUACUAAACUAUGGAAUUUUUUUCCUAGAUUUUUUUUCAAGUGUGCUUUUUGUGUACUUUAUUUUAAAUUGUUUUUUUUUUUGGUUGUGUGUGCCCAAAAUAGUAUUUUUUUUAAAAAAACUCAGUAUGAGAUUUGAAAACUCCAGUGUAACUGUUGUGAUCUUUCUCUGUUGCUUUCACUUUACAUUUUAAAUGCCAGACUACAUAAAAAUAGCUGAUGUUCAUUAAUUGCUUCUUAGUACCGUUUGUUCUCUUCCAUGUCUUUGACCUUCUAAGUUUUGAUUUAAAAAAAAAAUCAUCCUUGCACAGCCGUUUUAUAAAAUGCAAGAUUGUCACAGUGAAGGUCUUGUAUCGGAAGAAAUGCUACUGGUGUUUCCAAAACCAAGCUUAAUUGAUAGGCGGAUUAGCUGUUGUGUGUCCUAUUUGCUGUGCCCUGUAUGAGUGUUAACUCCAAUUGUGAAAUACUGACUGAGCCCGUCACUUACCUUUUGUAAAGCAGCACUUUUGGACACCUCAUUUUGGAAGCCUGCUCAAGUCAUAGAAAAGGACACACAUUUGUGUGGGGAAAAGUGGUCAAAUGGAGAGUUUUGUCUUAAUUACAUGAAACUAAGCUUUAAAAUAUUUUGUAACAAAUUAUUUGAGCUGCAUAUUCUAAACAUGUCAAACGUUCAGUGGACUAUUUUUAUAUAUGUAUAUGUGGGUGUAGGUCAUAACAUUUCAGUUUAUAAUAUAAAUUGUUAUUUCAGUUUAUAAGCUAUCUCUCAGAAGAGACUAGCUCUUUUGAGAAUACAUAAUUUAAAAGUUUUAGACUAAAGUAAAACAGCAUAGAUAAUAGUGUAUAUUAGAUAUAAUUGAGGGCUAUAUGGCAGUGAAACUGCUAGUGCCAGUUUUCUUGUUUGCCUACUAUAUGUUUUUGAUUUUUUUUUGUAUUCUGAACAUUUUUAGAGAUCAUACAUUUAUUCAAUCACAUUUAGAGUCGGUUUGGGAAUAAAUAUCUUCUAAAAAGAGAUUUAUCUUAAAAAUUAAAGUCCUGAAAUAUUAGUUUAUUGAGAGUUUAUAAAGUCAAAUAUCCAGUAGGCAUAGACAAGAAUAGAUGAAUUCCCGGAAAUCCUUUCAGUAUACCAAUAUAACUUCAAUAUUACUCAAGUAACAUUGAGAAAAUGCCAUUAGCUUUGUUCCCUCUUCAGUUUUUUGGAUUUUUUUGUUUUACAUCUUUGGGAACAACUGCAUCGAAAAAUUUAAUCAGUAUACCAGUAAGAAUUAGGUAUUUCUUUCCAAAAGAAUGUUCCUAAGAGGUGAUUGGAGAGGUUAUUUUCUACCUAACUUGUAUGUGCCCUGUACCUCUUGGGCAUACUUUGUCUAUAGAAAAAUAUUUUGACCUUUAGGUAUAUUUUGGCCCAGUACUCAAAUAACCGUAGGGCCAAUAUAAAAACAAAUCUUAGAAUAAUUUAAUGUUUGCCUUUUAUACCUGUUUUGAAAGCCUUUACAUUUUUUGUCAGGUAAUUUUUUUUCCCAAGCCGUGGAUAUAAUCUAUUCAAACAUGUUUAUGCUAUCCAUUCUGUUUUUAAAUUGAAAAAAAAUGUUAAAAGUGUUUAUGAAGAAAAGUUUAAAUAAAAUAUUUUUAAUCU